GGCAAUUCCGCUAAUGUUUGGUCAGCAUCGUUCAGAAGAGAAUGUCAUUGACAUUCUAAGUUCUAACUCAAGACAAAACACUACUCUUCUCUUUCCAUCUUUCGAUCCAACCUUCAGUUUUCUCACAACACCCCCAUGGCUCAAGGAGAUAAUGGGUCCUCCAAAUCUUCGUCAGUGACUCCGUAUGAAGAAGCAUUGGAUGCCUUGUCAUCUCUGAUCACUAAACGCACUCGUGUCGGUGAUGUCAAUAUGGAGGAACGAUUCAACGUGCUUUAUAAGUACCUAAAGUUGUUUGGUGAUUCAUUCCAUAGAUGCUUGAUUUGGAGGAGGCGAUUUCAAAUAUGAAGAUUAUCCAUGUUGCUGGCACCAAAGGGAAGGGAUCUACAUGCACCUUCACAGAAUCUAUAUUACGCAACUGUGGAUUUCGCACUGGGCUUUUCACUUCUCCUCACCUAAUUGAUAUCCGAGAAAGGUUUCGUUUAGAUGGUGUGGAAAUCUCUGAAGAGAAAUUUUUAGUUUAUUUUUGGUGGUGUUAUGAUAGACUAAAGGAAAAUACUGAUGACAAUGUUCCAAUGCCUACAUUUUUUCACUUCCUUGCUUUACUUGCCUUCAAGAUAUUUGCAGCAGAGCAGGUAGAUGUUUCUAUAAUGGAGGUUGGAUUAGGUGGAAAAUAUGAUGCAACGAAUGUGGUCCCAACACCUAUUGUGUGUGGUAUAACCUCCCUUGGGUAUGACCACAUGGAGAUUCUUGGGAAUACUCUUGGAGAAAUUGCUGGUGAGAAAGCUGGUAUCUUCAAGCAUCGGAUUCCAGCAUUUACUGUGCCUCAACCUGAUGAAGCAAUGCAUGUACUCAGAGAGAAGGCUUCUCAGUUAAAUGUACCUCUUCAAGUGGUAACCCCAUUAGAUGCCAAAUUGCUAAAUGGUUCAAGACUAGCGCUUGGAGGUGAACACCAAUAUAUAAAUGCUGGUCUUGCUAUUGCAUUAUGCUCUACGUGGCUGAAAAUGAAUGGGCAUCUUGAAGACUCGUACUUGAAACAUAUACAACAUACUUUACCAGAGAAGUUCAUAAAAGGGUUAACAACUGCAAGUUUGCAAGGAAGGGCUCAGAUUGUUCCUGAUCAGUUCAUCAAUGAUGAAAUACCAAAUGAACUUGUCUUCUUUUUAGAUGGGGCUCAUAGUCCUGAAAGCAUGGAAGCAUGUGCCAGGUGGUUUUCUCUUGCUAUUAAAGAUCAAGACCAGAUUUUGUUUCAUCAGAAACUUGAUAAUUCUAACUUCUCAAACCAAGUAGUGAAGAUGCGCAAUGGUGAAACUGUACAGAAGAAAUCCACACAGAUUUUGCUGUUCAAUUGUAUGUCUGAGCGAAACCCUCAGUUGCUUCUUCCCCACUUGAUGAAAACAUGUGCUGAUCAUGGUGUCUACUUCAAGAAGGCACUCUUUGUACCUGGUUUAUCAGUGUAUCACAAAGUUGGAUCCCAUGCUUUACCAGCGACAGAUUCUGAUGUUGACCUGUCGUGGCAGCUUACUCUACAAAGAGUGUGGGAAAAUCUCAUGCAAGGGAACAAAGUCACUUGGCUAGAAGGCAAGAGUAAUAAUUCUGCUCCUGAAGAAUUAAACAUGGAAAUGAGUGCCAGCAAUUGUGAACACAGUGCCGUGUUUUCCUCAUUGCCACUGGUUCUCAAAUGGCUUAGGGACACGGUGCAACAAAACCAGUCAACUCGUUUUCAGGUCCUUGUUACUGGUUCUAUACAUCUUAUUGGUGACAUGUUGAAAUUAGUCAAGAAGUGAUUCGUUGGGCUACUUGAAAGAUUGGCUUUCAUUCAGAUUUUUUAAGUACCACUAUUUGAGUCCAUGAAAGUGCUGUUACACUUGGUUCAAAAGCUGUUGACAGAAGGUUAUCAAUAUAAUAACUACAUUCUUGAUUGUAGACAUUGAUGCAUCCAUUACAUUGGUUUAAAUCAGCAUCACUCUGGCUACUUCGUGGGUCUUUCAACUUUCAUUUCACUGUAAUUGAAAAUAAAGGUGGAUUAAGGGACAUGAAUAAAGAAUAACAUCUAUCAAUUUUCUUA